UAAGAUGUGAUUGUCUAAUCAAUAAUUUAUCUGUUAAGUAAACAUGGUGUUUGGACGCGAAUGGUUAUUCAUUUACGGCGCGAUAACACCGUGUUGCAGGCUUAUUCGAAAGUUGAUUCACAAUUUGAUGUUUAAACGGACAUUAAAAAUGUAAAUUAAAAGGUGAUACUAAAGACACGGCGUGUUUCUUCCGAACUAUGAUUUCCUCUGCGAUGUAGUUAACUAAAACAUUAUGGCGAGUCUAGCCGAUGUGUUCACAGAGUCGGAAAGAACGAACUGGCUGAAGGCAUGGUUGGCAAUUGAUAUUGCUAAGUCUGGCAUAGAGCAGUUCGUGGAGACAGAGGCUAAAAGUCUACACCGCAAUAUAUACAACGCUAUCUUGACAAACGGCACAGUCGCAUGUAUUGGAUGUAACACUGCAAACUUGCUGAAAUGCCCUUCACCAGGGAUAUGCAAUAAACGAGGAGCAAAUAGCCUUUGCUCAUCUAUGCAUGACACCGCGUUUAAACAACCACGACCAUGUCCUGCUAACGUUUGUAAUAAAGUUCUUGUCGAAAUUGCAAAGCAACAUACCUUCUCCAAUCCUUCAUGGAAAAACACAUUGGCUGAUAAGUGGUCAUCAAGUCAUUGGCAAAUAGCCAAGGCAUAUUUACCUCCAGACGGUUAUACUGAGAAAAAUUCAAUUCAAGAUACAGACUUCAACGGAGUCAUCAGUUUUAUGAUGAACUGCAAACACUUCGAUAACUUGUUUUCGUUCCCCAAAGCUCCAGGAAAGACACAUUCACCAUGCCUUUUAACAAAGGCGCGAGAAAUUGUUAGAACUGUUCGUCAUUCGUCUACCUGCAAGGUCACAGACACAGAUCUUCAGGACAUCUUCAUAACACUUACUGGCCUGCUGACUGACCCAAAAUGUCUAGCCCACGACUUGACUUCACGAGAGGCUGUGAGGAAACUAGCAAAGCUACAAACCGACGUUUUGAAGCUAACAACAGAGGACAUUGUUGAUUUGUUAGAGGCUUCACAAGAUAAACUUGAAAAAAGUGAACAAAUCACUGAGACGGCUAUUGAUGAGAUUCGGAUUUACAUUGAAAACUGUAGAAAGGAUCUCAGCGCACACACGCACACAUUUAAACAGCAACUUAGUGACCACACAGGCAAAUGCAAACAUGAACUUGAUGAACAUUGUCGAAAGUCUAGAGAAUCUAACUACGAGCAAUCGUGUAAAGAUUUUCGUCGACGUUUAAGGGCACACUACAUUAACACUCUGAGCAAUAUGCCUCUUUCAAUCUUGGAUCAGAGUCUUGACAAACCUAUAACAGAUAUAUAUGCAACGCCAAAAUUGCACCGAAUUGAAAUAAAAAAAGAUGGGACACGUGUGAAAAUGGAGCAAGCACUGACAUACAAACAUAUAUUCUACACAGAUGAUUAUUCAAAUCGGCGUAUAUACUUACAAGGUGAACCCGGAAGCGGCAAAUCUAUGUUUUCAGCCAAGUUAGUUUAUGACUGGUGCCAUGGAAAUCAGGUUUCAACUCGCAAUAAAAAUACAGCAUUCGAUGAUGUGUUCACAAUUCAAAGAUUCAACUUCCUAUUUUACAUCUCUUUGAGAGAUUCAAGAGACGAGACAGAUGUUACGCAGAUGAUUAAAAAGCAGCUUAUUAAUACAACUUUUUCUGAAGACGAACGCGAAUAUGUGUACAAACUGUUCGUACAAAUAAUAAGAACUGAAAUUUGCCUCGUAGUACGGGAAGGUCUAGAUGAAUGGGUAUCACCUUAUGAAAGUAACCUCGCUGAACCUUACAUGGCUGGAUUUCAGAACGACACUUGCACGAUCCUUACGACAUCCCGACCAUGGAAACUGGCUGAUGAACGUAUCAAGAAUUCGCAAAUCGAUAUUCUGUUUGAAAUCGAGGGGAUAAGUGAUCCGUCUGAAUUUAAUGAAAAUAUACUUCGAUGCGUAAUUGAACAAACUAGGGAUCUAGAAGAAAUUUCCAUUCAAUUCGAAGCAUUCAUUAAUCAUUGUAAGCUUCAAUCAUUAUCUUCCUCACCAAUGUUGUACACGCUGGUCAUCUGUACCUGGGUAAACGCGACUGAGGAGGAGAUGGGACAUUUGAAUGGGUCGUCAUUGUGUAAACUGUACACUACUCUGUUUGAAAGUCUUUGUAAAAAGGCUCAUAGUACGAUUGGAUAUUUUAAUAAGUCAAACCCACCACCAGUGCACUGUUUUUCUAGCACAGCUUACCUUCAGCCAAUUAUUGAACACUUAAAUAAGCUGGCUGAAGUAGCGUGUAAAUUGCUCUUCUCUUUGGAGAGAGACACAUCUAUUGUGUUCAAUGAGAUAACAUUGUCCAACUUUUUUUCUCUUGACGAGUUUGAAGUUCACAAGACAUUUGCUCUCAAGUCAGGAAUACUAACAAACAGGAAAAAUAAAAGUCGGUCAGUAAGCUCAUACUCGUUCCUUCACAAAACUCUGCAGGAAUUUCUCUCAGCAUAUUAUAUCGCCUGUAAUCCAAACGUCAUAAAUGACGUCAUAUUCAGCUAUCUCAAAAGCAACGCUAAUUUUUGUCUCGAAGUUUCGCAAGUGUUCAUAUUUUUGUGUGGAAUGAACAUCUCCGCUGCAAAUGAACUGUCAGCUUUGAUGUGCGUCCAUAAUGGCGUUUCUAUUGCGUUUCGACUGUAUUUCGUGGAUUUUCAGCGAAUCAUUGAGUCUGGAAUCAGAGAGGCAGCAGCCAACAAUCAGAAAGACAUACAGCUGAGACUCCGUAAGGUUUAUAUUAAUGAGAGCAACAUAAGAAAUUUAAAAUACCUAUGGUCUACAAACACGUUCAAUGCCCAGGUCUUAUAUGCAAAGAUAGACACGAGUUACUUCCUGAGUUCAACUGCACAUGGCGAACCUACGUCUCAUUUUGAAUUAUGCCUGUCAGCGUGCCACAAUUUGAAAAGUUUGUAUCUUUUAGGAGGCGGCAUAUGGCUUAGAGAUACAAUCUGCUCGGCCACAUCAGAUUUGCCGGUCUGGAUUGUUCUAAACAGUAAAGAUCCAGUCAAGAGUGUAGACCCUCCUUUGGUUCUGCCCUCCAUAAAGUACAUCAACCUGAAAAGUGUCACAUGUUCCGCCAGCUGUCUACGCAGCCUGUUCAGCACGCUUUUAACACUCGAUCAUGACGUUAAGUGUGAUCUCGAGGACUGCAAGAUAACAUCGUCUGCAGAGGUAUCAGAUAGAUGUACAAAAGCAAGCAUAUUGACGUUAAUAAACAAUGAAGUAAACAUGCGAAGCUUAGAGAAUGACUGUCCCGGUCUUUGGGAGGCUCUCUGCGGUCUGAUUAUCAAGAGUCUAAGUUUGAGUGAUGGGUCCGGAUAUUUGAGAGUGAAUCAUACAGAAUUGUUUACGCAGUUUUUAUCAUCGCUAACACAGCUUGAAACACUUAGUAUUGAAGGAAAUGAUGACCUUCCCAGUAUGUGUGAGGGUUUCCGUGGUCUGAAUAUCAAGAGCCUGAGUCUUCGUCCGUUUCUGAUAUAUUCAUGUGGAGGUUUGAUAGUGAAUCAAGAGGAAUUGUUGUCGCAUUCAUUGUCAUCACUCACACAGCUGGAAACACUCAGUAUAAGCGUCCCUAUAAACUGUCCCAGUCUGUUUGAAGCUUUGCGGGGUCUGAAUAUAAAGAGUCUGAGUCUGAUUUAUGAUCAUGGAUUGUUGCAAGUGAAUCACAUAGAUUUGUUGACGCAGUCCUUAAAAUCGCUCACACAGCUGGAAAAUCUUAGUUUUAGUGGAAAUAAUAGUGACUGUAUCGUUCUGUUGACGGCUCUCCAUGGUCUCAACCUCAAGAGACUGAAUCUGUGUGGUAAGUAUGGAGGUUUGCUAAUGCAUAAUGGACGUUUGACACACUUCUUGUCACGAUGUCUAUCAUCGCUCACACACAUGGAAACGCUUAGUUUUAGCUCGUUUGUAGUAAAUUCAAGUCUCUUGGAGGCUCUCCGUGGUUUAAAUAUCAAGAGCCUGAGCCUCAGUAAUGAGUGGAGUAAUUCGAUAGAAAAUCAUGCAGAGCCGGGUUUAAAGCCUCUAUCUUCGAUCACACAGCUGGAAACGCUUAUUAUAAGUGUGAGUGUAGACCGCUAUGGUCUGUGGGAGGCUAUCCAUGGUCUUAAUAUCAAAAAUCUGCGUCUGUUUGACGAUUGGAGAGGUAUGACAUUGGAGCAUGUAGAGUCGCUGUCGGAGUCUCUAUCAUCGCUAACACAACUGGAAAUGUUUUCAAUAUAUGUGAAUGAACACAUCGACAUACAGCUACCUCCAUCAUUGAAGUAUUUAAAUAUCUACUGUUAUGCAUUGGAUCCAUCGGAAUUUCGCGACCUUUUGAACACAAUAACUGCAUGUACGCAGCAAGUUGAGAUAAGGCUGGAAUUCGGCUGUUUUUUCCCAUUCCAUUCUAAACAUACCCCAAUGGAGGAGUACAAUAAUGUCCAGCAGAAAGUAAAGACACUCAAGAAUGUUAUUGUGAAACGAUUCAUAAUAUACAUCCGGAGACCUGGGCGCAAUAAGUGGUCUGUUCGUUAUGUUGAUGUCUCUGAUGAAGAUUAUCAUGACGAUUAUAGCGGUGAUAACGAAGAAUACUUGUAUUUACUUUGUAAUAUGGAUGAUGGCAUGAUAAAUCGAGUUUCGAUGCGACUUCAGAUUAUCCCAGAAUCGAUAUCCUGAAUACAUACAUGCGGCAGGUAUGCAUGGGUAUGAAAUGUUCAAAUGCAUUACGAAUGUCUGAAAUAUAUGUCGCUUAAUGAAGACGUCUGCGUCAAACGUAUUAAAUGCAAUAGAACAUUAUUGUUUUGAUUCGGAAUCGAGCAUUGUUUGAUUUUUUUAAUUACAUGUCAGUAUAUACUAACUAUUUGUGUUCUAUAUUAAAAUUUUUAGCAUUAAAUUUUCAACAGAUGUUGUAGAGUUGUAAAACUGACACAAUUGCCUCAUUUCAUUCCUAAAUAGUAAACUGCGAUGACUUCAGGCUCAUGCCUAUACAAAAAAGAAUAGUAUGACGUCAGGUUUGUUGCUGCUUCGGAGCAUGAAAAAUGUAACCAACACAAAUAACUAAGAAAAUCAUUGAAUUUUUAUAGUAUAUGAGUUUCGCUUUCAGGUUGUUGCAUUUUUCUUCUCGAAUACUAUUAAUUUAUUUCAUAACAUUAGUCAUAAUAUCUAAGGUACGCUUUUGUGCCUCUAGAUCUAUCUGUAAACGCUUCAAAUAUUCGUAGAACUUCUAUAAAUAGUAUAGGCAGAAAUUCCAUAACUCCACCUAUAAAUAUUCCAAAUAUUCCAAUACUUGUGAACAUUAAUUUCAUAAAGACAAAAAUAAUGCCGUGUUCUAAUUCAUCAUAUACUACUAUUUGUAAAUUAUGAUAUAAAAAUCAAACCGCUCGUCGUGUUAGAAUUCAUCAUAAUACUACUUUGUAUAAAUUGGCUAUAGAAAUCAGUUUCAGACUUUAUUCUUUUAGAUUAUGCUUUUUUGUUAUAUAAAUUAAAUUGUGUGUCCUGUUAGUCUUCAUCAUAUACUACAAUAUAUUUUUGCUAUAGACUACUAACCGAGUAUGGUGUUUGAAUUCAUCAUAUAGUAUAAUGUGUUUAUUUUGCUGUUGAAAUGAAACCACGUGUCAUGUUUGAAUGCAUCAUAUGCUGAAAAGUGUCCCAUAGAAACAAAAACUGUGUGCUCCAUUUGAAUUCAUCAUAUAUAACUAUCUGUUAAUUUGGUAAUAUAAACAAACCACGUUUUUUGCUAUAUUUUAAAAUAUACUGUUAUUAUUAAUUCACUCUGUGUUCAAAGUAUUUUUCAUCAAUUUAUUCUUUAAGUUUGACAAUACACUACCCAAAAAAGUGAAAGGAAACGUAACUUGGUGUGCUGUAACACAAAACGGCUUGAUUACCUGUAUGUUUCUUACAGUUUCGUUUCACUUUAUUUUCAAGAACUUUUGUUAAAAAUAACAUUAUGCUACUCUUUCGUAUUUUGUAUUCAUACUAGAACAGGAAUACCUAUCUGUAUUCCUGAUACGCAUGGCUUAAUUAUUGUUACAUGCUUAGUAUCUCUGAACAAAGAGUGAGGGUCUGGGCUUCUUGAAAUCUGUUAACCCUCAUUUCUUUGGAUUUACCAGGGCGUUGAUCCCACUUUUAUUCAUUGUUUGUUUCUGUUGUGUAUAUGUUUGUCUUGCUAAUAAAAUGUGUGCAUAUGUU